AAAUCCUAUUACGUAAUUGUCUAGAAUAUUCCUGUCUCGUAUAAAUAUUGCACCAUUAGAGCCGCCUUAAGGCAUAACUUGCUAAGAAGCGCUGGAGCUCGGUUAUAUUUAUUUUAUUUCCUUUACGAGAGAGGAUAACAUUUUAAAGAUAAAAUCUAAUCAACUCAAAACUAUGGGUAACGACAAUUUGUCGAUUAUAAGUUUCAACAGCUCUAGGAAGGGACUGUUGACGUUGUCGGAUGGGCAGCGUCCAUCGUAUUUGCAACGACUGUUUGAGAGUGCGGAACCGGACAUAUGUUUUCUGCCUGGCGAUGAUAAAUACGCCAAUCUGAAUGUCAUUCGUGGGUAUGGACAAUAUACAAUUCCUAAUGCCGAGGCCACUGUUCUACUGUACGACAGCAACAGGGUUAAAAUGAUGGAGCCCAAGGCCAGUUUGAAUUCCUUUGGACCUCUACCAGGCUUGGACUUCAACCAAAUGGUUGUUCCACAGGUCGAAGUGUCGACCUUACAACCCUACCAGCAAGUUGUGAAGGAGUUUUCGAUGGUAUCAUGGAAACACGAUUUCUUCCAGACUGCUACCGUCGAAGUGAAAACUCUGGUUGAAAGCAUCAUUACGUUUUCUCAGAGAUUGGCAAUCACUACAGGAAAACCUGUUUUAAUCGGUGGUGAAAUGAAUAUUGAUUUUACUAUAUUGAAUCAAAUAGUAAACAAACUAUCUAAUGACAAUCAAGAAGAUUUCCUGUCUACUAUGCAAUCAGUGAUGUCAGAACAAGGUUUUCUCCCAUCUAUGACCAAAUCAUCCCUCCGAGACAUAAGACAUCUAUUCAUGAUGAAAGUGUUUAGGUGUAAGUCGAAUAGUUCAAAUGGAGUAGUGAAGACAUGGGACGACAGGAAAAGCACCGAAGUUGUCGCAGACUGUUUUAUAGCGUCCAAACAUCUACAGUUGGCAGAGGCUUCGCUAUUAGAUGUUGAGAAGGUUACUGGACGCCAGAUUUGUAUACCCCUGCUAAAGACACACAAGCCAACACAAACGUCAAUGGAGAUACCUGUUCGGCCUCCGAGGCAUCAUGGUGGUUAAGUAGUCUACCACUCUCGUUGGUCCCAAUCCCACGUGACUGUCUUAAAGCCGUACUGCUUCUACAAGAGUCAAACAUCUCAUGAAGGAUUCUGAACAAUUUAGCGCACCGUGUACUUUGGGAUAAGUCAAGCAGUAAUUUGAAUAAUGUAUCAUGUUUCUGGGAGAAGCUUUAUGCAUGCUGAUGUCUUACUGUUUAAUAAAUCGAAAGCGAUAAAGAUUCCUGGUUGCGCUAUUGAAAAACAGCUAUACUGCAUUGAUUGAUGUAUGACAAUAUGUAAAUUAUGUUGAACGUUAACAAUUUGUUGAUAUAAAAGUUUGCUCACGAUGACAUACAUACAUAUAUACAUACGUGAUAAAAUGAACAGGAUUUUAUAUAAAAUUCUUAAAAUGCACGAUUGUAAAUUUUAUCAUUCUUAAUGCUGAUUGUAUGUACUCUCCUAACUUACAUAAUUUUCUUGAUGUAUCUUGAUGUGAUUUUGCUCAAUAUUCAAUGUGAUUUCUUAAGAAAGGUGUCCUGCUUCAAAAAAAAUACGGCUUUUAAUCAUGCUCCAAAAGGGAACUAAUUUUACUUACGAUUCUACCGUUCAAUGUUAUGGUUGUUUGAUUUAUUUAUGGUCAUUUUCUAUUUUCAUGUAAAAUAAAACAUUGAAUAAAAUAAUUUAAUAUUAGUGA